AUGGUAGAUCCACUUCUCAAAAGGGAAUUUCCCGUGACGCGCUUAAAUCAAGCCGUGGGAGUUGCAGCCAUGUGUCUUCAGGAUGAACCAUUGGUCCGUCCUUUGAUCAGUGAUGUUGUGGCUGCUCUUAGUUUCCUUGCAGUAUCUCCACCUGAUGCACCAGUUCCUGCACGCCUCGUUCCUCUCUUGUCAUCCCAGGAUGGCGACAUUUCUGCUCCUGAAAAGGAAGACAGUUCAGAUAGUGUUGAUGAUGAGAAGAUGAAAGACAAAGGCAAUAAGUCUCAACGUAAAAAGAAAAUGAAAAAACAGGACUCGAGCUCGAGUAGCACCAGCUCCAGUUCCAGCAGCAUCGGAUCUUGA